AUGGCAGACCCAACAAGUGAUUUGUUCAUCGACUUUGGAGACUUUCAAAAUGCUGCUGAGCCUGAAACCAUCUCCCCUGGCAUUCUGCAGACAUCAACAGCUCCUCCAAAAAUCGGAAAUCGCUUUUCAUCUGAGUCUGUCAAGAUUCUGAGGAAUUGGUUUGCCGCGCAUGAGAGGCAUCCGUAUCCUACCAUCCAAGAUGUCCAGGAUCUUCAAGAGCAGACGAGUUUGAAUAGACAGCAGGUUACGAAUUGGUUCGCGAAUGCGAGGAGGAGGGCAAAGGUUCAUUCGUCGCGGCCGACAUCACCUAUGUUUCGGAAUGACGAUUCGGGGAACUCUUCAGGGCAUCACACGCCGAUUGAUACACCGCGACGACGGGCUACUCCUGCGCCGUUUGAGCAUAUGAAUCCGCUGCAGCGAUGGGCGAAUUCACCGCCGGAACAUGAGGCUGCGACUGUGGAUGAUAUCUCACGAGCUGUUGCUGCGUUCUCGACGCGACAGGGAAGAUCACGAAAAACCUUCAAGACGAAAUACGAUUGGCAGCGUCAUGAAAAAUCUCUUCAUUUAUCGCUUGAGAAUUGGGUUUGUUCACCAAAUGGACCGACAGCGAUACAUCCAGAAGAGGGGCUUCUUUGUGUCUUUUGUGGCGUCAAGAACCCCGACAAGACGCAUCUUGACGGACAUAAUCAGAGUGCAUGUAUCGAAAGACCGAUCGAAGAACGGACAUAUCAUCGAAAAGACCAUUUACAGCAGCAUUUGAGAUUAGUCCACAUGUCCAAGUUUCUCAAAUGGCCGAUGGAUGAUUGGAAAGUCAUGACGCAAGAGGUAAAGUCGAGAUGUGGAUUCUGCGGCAUCAAUCUUACGACUUGGGCUAGUAGGGUUGAUCAUUUGGCGGACCAUUUCAAAGCUGGGAGUACGAUGGAGCACUGGAAGGGUGAUUGGGGGUUUGAAGGGAAGGUCAUUGAGAGGAUUGACAACGCCAUGCCUCCUUACCUCAUUCACUAUGAACGAAACUCUCCUCUUCCAUUCGCAGCUACAAGAGGCCCAGCAGAUACACCAACAAGUGCAUACGAACUCAUCAAGCUCGAACUAGAGUAUUACAUGCGGAAUCGCCACCAGUUUAUAAUGCCGCCAGAUCCCGAGCUUCACUUUGAAGCAUGUUCCGUGAUCCUCGGUGCAGAAAUAUCCUCCCCCAACCAAGCAUCGUUAUCCCCGUCCUGGCUAUGGGAUUUGUUCAUGUCAGCUACUGACAUUGCCACCCAAGCCAAACUUCGACCAACGAAACAAUUAGCAGAGGGGCGAUUGAGUCAGUUGAAGAUCAACGGAAAGGGAAAUAUCUUUGAGAAUUGUGAGCUGGAGGCGGCGCUGCAGCAGUAUAUGACAGCUCAUACAUCUAUGGGGCAUUUUCCAACGGAUUCUGAACUGCAGCAGGAGGCGUGCAAUGUCUUAAACCGGACAGAGACAGCGUCAUCGCAUCCGUCGAGGAGGUUUCUGGACUUUUUGAUGAGGCUUGUUUGGAGUUCGACGGUCUGGCUGGAACCGUUUCGACAAAGGGCUGAGACUCUUGUAGCCAUGGCCAAUGAGUCUGUUAACGAUUCUUACUUUCUAUGGGGUCAGACAGAUACAGCUGUGUCGUUGGAUGCAUCGAUGGAGCUGGACAUGUUGCAGCCUUGGGUUGAGAAUCGAUCUCUGUCUCCUGAAGGAGUACCGGAAAUACCAGCGAUCUCGAUGCACAGCACGCCAGAGUCAAGGGCAUUGAUAAGAGAUAAAGUGCGAACACAAACACCAUUCUUUAUCAACGACAACAACAGCUAUCGCCGAUUGAAACGAGAACUAUCCCGAUUCGUCAUGACGACAAUGUCUCCCAACAAUCCGAAUCGACAUAUACCCAGCGACGACGAAUUAAAGUAUCAAGCACGAUGGAUAUUAUACGAUGAGUAA